AUGGGUAUCGAUCUUCGCAAGCACCACGAGCGGUCCACUCACCGCAAGGCCCCCAAGAGCGACAAUGUUUACUUGAAGCUCCUGGUCAAGCUUUACCGCUUCCUUGCCCGCCGCACUGACUCUGCCUUCAACAAGGUCGUGCUCCGCCGGUUGUUCAUGUCCCGCAUCAACCGUCCCCCCAUCUCUCUCUCUCGCAUUGCCGCCAACCUCAAGAACGGCAACGAGAAGAAGACCGUCGUUGUUGUCGGUACCGUCACCGAUGACAACCGUCUUUUGACCGUCCCCAAGGUCUCGGUUGCUGCCCUCCGCUUCACCGCCACUGCCCGUGCUCGCAUCGAGGCUGCCGGUGGCCAGGCCAUCACCCUCGACCAGCUCGCCCUUGAGAAGCCCACUGGUGCCAACACCCUCCUUCUCCGUGGCCCCAAGAACGCUCGCGAGGCCUUCAAGCACUUCGGCUUCGGUCCCCACAAGAACAAGAAGCCCUAUGUCGCUUCCAAGGGCCGCAAGUUCGAGCGUGCUCGUGGUCGCAGAAGAUCCAAGGGUUUCAAGGUCUAA